AUGCUGUUCGCUUCUGUUCCAGUUAUUGUUUCAUUUCUUUUUGCAUUCUCAACACUCGUUACUGCAGCACCCGGAAAGAAGAAGGCAGGCGCCGUUGUCACUGGGCUCGGAAUACCGGUAUCAAAUCCAGAUGCCAAAGAUGUCAUUGCCAACAGUUAUAUCGUGGUGUACCACAAGAAUUGUACCGACGCUAUGAUGGAGGACCACGUAAACCAAGUCAAGACCGCAAUGAAGAAGCGUAGAAUCGGUGCUCGAUCUACUGACGGGAGGGUCCUUUCUGGCGAUGUCAGCGCAAUCUCGAUGAUGGGAUGGAGGGCGAUGGCAUUAGAAGCCGAGGAUGCUAUGAUUAUCGACAUCGCAGGCUCACCAAUGGUUACCAAUGUUGAGGCGGAUACACGGGUCAAUAUUUCAGCCAUGGUUAAACAGACAAACGCGCCUUUGGGAUUGGAGCGCCUUUCUCAUAAAGCAAUUAGCACUGAUGGAUAUGCUUUUGAUGACUCGGCUGGUACCGGGAUUACUGUCUAUGUGGUAGACACUGGAAUUCGGACAACACACACCGACUUUGGUGGCAGAGCAACAUUCGCUUUCAACAGUGUAAACAAGGUUAAUACUGACGAAAAUGGUCACGGCAGUCACGUGGCUGGCACUGUUGGAGGUUCAGCAUUUGGUGUAGCUAAGAAUGCAAAGUUGGUUGCAGUCAAAGUCCUAGGUGCUGAUGGUGGAGGAUCAAACUCUGGCGUCAUUCGUGGUCUUCAAUUUGUUCUUACAGAUGUGACCAACAAGGCUCUAGGAGGGAAAGCAGUCGUCAACAUGUCCGUUGGUGGAAGCUUCUCAGCAGCCGUCAAUUCCGCAAUCGCUGGACUCACUCGCGGAGGGGUCACAGUCGUCACUGCUGCUGGAAAUGAGAAUGUUGAUGCGGCCGACACCUCUCCCGCAUCUGCACCAUCCGCCAUUACCGUCGGAGCCAUUGACGCCAAAACCGACGCCAGAGCAGAAUUCUCCAACUUCGGAGCUGUCGUUGACAUUUUCGCUCCAGGAGUCGACGUACAAAGUGUAGGAUUCUCAAGCGACACAGCUGUAGCGACACUCAGCGGCACAUCGAUGGCCUCUCCUCACGUCGCCGGACUUGCAGCUUAUAUCAUGUCACUCGAAGGCAUCGCGAGCCCCGACGCUGUCGCGGCAAGAUUAAAGGAGCUGGCAACUGCCACAGGAGCCGUCGUUUCCGACCCAGGAAAGGGAACCACAAACGCAAUCAUUGCAAACAAUGGAUCUGGACAAUAG